AUGGAGCCGCGGGCGGGCGUGGAGCCGCGCGCCGGCGGCGCGCAGGGCGCCGCGCCGAUGGCCGUGGACUCCGGCCCUGGGCCGGCCGACCGGGCCGGCGCCCGAGAGGACACGGACGACGAGUGGGAGCCCAAGGUGGGGCCCGGCGUGAUCCUGCGGCCGCACCUGCUCCGAUGGUCCCCCGCGGAGGGCUCGGAGAAGACCUCCCGCGCCGAGGCGGUGGCCCAGCUGGGCGCGGACCCGCUUCACGACCCCAGCGCGGACGACGACGACCAGAGGUGGGUCAUUGAGCGGCUGAUGCAGCCCGACUUGUCCAACGUCCGGACCACCGCCGCGGUGCUCAACUGCCCUGGCUGCUUCACCCCCGUGUGCUAUCAGUGCCAGGAGCACGAGCGAUUCGCGCGCCAGUGGCGGGCCAUCGAAGUCCGCAACUGCACUGUGGACACCUCCGCCAGGCUGUCGCUGUCGCGGGACGACCCAGUGAAGUACUCCGCCGUCAGGUGUGAGACCUGCCAGGCCGACGUGGGCUUGAUGGACGAGGACGGGGUGUAUCACCUGUUCCACGUCAUCGAGAGCAUCGCGUGA